CUGGAAGUGAAUUUCGGAACGCAGCCACAGAAAGUGCAGUUGAGAAGAACUAACUUAUUAGGUUGACAACUGUGUAUCAGCGUUGUCACACAGAUGAAGUUUGUUUGUCAUUGAAAUUUUCUACGAUUCUUCAAGUUUAUCAAAUUAUUUACGUGAUUUGACGUUAUGUCUGCCAUUUUCAAUUUUCAGAGUCUGCUUACAGUAAUAUUAUUACUGAUAUGUACUUGCACCUAUAUCCGAUCGCUAGUACCUAAUUUAUUUGAUAAACGAUUAGGAAAGGUUGGAUUUCAAGGUACUUUCUGGAAAUGUGCUAGGAUUGGUGAAAGAAAAAGCCCAUAUGUGGCCUUUUGCUGUGUAUUUAUGGCCUUUAGCAUUUUAUUUUGGUCGUAACAUUCCUACAAUAUUUCAGCCACUUAACUGAAAUACAUUAUGAUACGUUAUGGAUAUAUCAAUUAAUCUCGUAAUAUUUAUAAUGUACAAAGGGCAGAGGUGAGAAUAAAAAGCAAUUUUGAUAUUCAUCGAACGACAAACCUCUAUAUUUGUCGCUUUUUGGUAAUACAUAAAAAUACACUCGUUUAAGCUAGACUUAAAGUCAAAACGAACGUCAUUGCUCUAAAUGCACAAUAUCGUUUUUUUUCUCUUAUUUGUCAACACGUUGUUUCAUUUUUUCCAAAGCUAUAUUAUCCAAUUUGAGCACAUUUUCUCAUUGUAUUCUCGUAAUAUAUUUUUUUCGUUCUAUAAACAACAACAUUCUUUUAAUAUAGUUAUUGUAGAGUUAUUAUAUUGAGCAUUUUGUGAUAUACAGAGUUCAUUAAAUAGGUACAUUUAACAUAUUUUUGCUCUGCGUGAGAUAUGCUACUGUCUCCGUAACAAUAAACCACGCGAUGUAACUAAGACUUGUACUUCACGCUCGAUGGACAUUACAGCAUUGUUUAAGAUAAUCGAA